GUAUACAGUGUGUGUGAGUGUGUGUGUGUGUAUGGAUGGUUCAGCAGUGACUCUCCAGCUGCUGAGCGGAGUGGAGCGCACAGGACAGCGGACACACCAAACUCAUUCCUCCACUGGACUCUCGCUGGUUUGACCUUUAAUGUGACUGAGGAUCUGCGGACGCACAAACAUGGAGGCUCAGCGCGGUUCUUUAUCUUUACAGGGGGCUUUAUCCGUCUGUGUCUUUACGGCGCUGCUGCUGGAGUCCGGGACUGCCGGUAUGCCCUCUUUUUACCCUAUGCCUCAGCUUUGUAAGUUCUGUGAUCUGGAGCUUUCCUCCUGUAGUGGUACAGGAACAUGCAUGUCCAACUGCUCCAUCACAUCCAUCUGUAUGGACUUCAGCGAGGUCUGUGUCGCUAUCUGGAGGAAAAAUGAGACAGCCUUCUCCAUUGAAACGCUCUGCCAUGACCCGUCUAUGCCGCUGUAUGGCGUUAUGCUGGACGACUACAACAGCUCCACCUGUGUAAUGAAGGAGAAGAACACGACAACUGGGAUGGCUCACUUCUGCUCCUGUACUGAAGAAGAGGAGUGUAACGACAUACUGUUAUUCUCCCCGAUGAUGAACGGACCAAGAGGGAGCAGCCACAGUGAGCUGUUAAAUGAAGAGCUGCCAGUGACGGACAAUAUACAUCCAACUUCUCCAGUUGUGGAUCCAACUCCAGACGAUCCAUUGGUGUCUGUGAUUCUUGUGAGCUUGCUUCCCCUGUUGGUGAUGGUGACUGUGGUUGUGGGAAUGGUCUACUGGUACCGAGCCUACCGGCAACGUGUGCUCAACCAAGAAUGGGAAAGCAGCACUAAGAAGCGGAAGCCAAAAGCCGGUGGGCUGGAUUGCAGCGAUGCCUGCGCCAUCAUGAUGGAUGACGAUAGGUCAGACAGCAGCUCGACGCGUGCCAACAGCCUGAACCACAACACUGAGCCACUGCCUAUAGAGCUGGAUCUGCUGGUGGGAAAGGGUCGCUUCGCCCAGGUAUACAAGGGUAAGCUGAAGCAGACCACCUCAGAUCAGUUUGAAACGGUGGCUGUGAAGAUCUUCCCCUAUGAGGAGUACGCUUCCUGGAAGAAUGAGAAAGACAUCUUCUCCGAUACAGACCUCCGACACGAAAACAUCCUCCACUUCCUGACAGCUGAGGAGAGGAAGGUGGAGAAACAGUACUGGCUCAUCACUGCCUUCCACCCCAGAGGAAACUUACAGGAGCACCUGACGCGUAAUGUGAUCAGUUGGGAGGAAUUGCAGGUGCUGGGAAGCUCUCUGGCCCGGGGUGUCGCCCACCUCCACAGUGACCGCCUCCCCUGUGGACGCCCCAAGGUGGCCAUAGUCCACCGAGACCUGAAGAGUUCCAACAUCCUGGUGAAGAACGACCUGACGUGCUGCCUGUGUGACUUUGGGCUGGGACUCCGCCUGGACAGCAGCCUGUCUGUGGAUGACCUCGCCAACAGUGGACAGGUGGGUACGGCGCGUUACAUGGCUCCGGAGGUGCUGGAGGCCCGACUGAAUCUGGAGAACAUCGAGUCCUUCAAACAGACCGACAUUUACUCCAUGGCCCUGGUGCUUUGGGAGAUGACGUCAAGGUGUGAAGCUAUAGGAGAGGUGAAGGACUACGAGCCUGCGUAUGGCUCUAAAGUGCGAGAGCACCCCUGUGUGGAGAGCAUGAAGGACAACGUGCUGAGAGACAGAGGGAGACCUGAGAUCUCCGACAGUUGGCUCCAGCAUCAGGGUGUGGCGGUGAUCUGCGCCACCAUCAUGGAAUGCUGGGACCACGACCCCGAGGCCCGGCUCACCGCCCACUGCGUCGCCGAACGCAUCAACGAGUUGGAGGACGAGAUGGACAAACUGUCCAGCCGCAGCUCCUCGGCAGAAAAGAUCCCAGAGGAGCUGAAGAUCCCAAUAGAGGUGGAGAUCCCGGAGGAGAUGGUUAAAAUCACGGAGAUACAGGAUAUCAUAGCCGUGGACUGCUCCGUGAGCGACGAGAAGUGAGAGGGAGCUCCUCUGGGACUCUGAGGGAGAUUUUUCAACAAGGGCACUUAUUCGACUUUGAUGGGAUUGAAGAGAGUCAGGAGUUGAGCUCCUGCAUCCACCCAGGACUUUGAGUUGAGUCACAGUGUCAUAUGUUAUUCUAGCAAAGAGGGACUCUGGGUGAUGCUUUAGUACUUCACCGUUUGUAAAAUGUAACAAGUUGCCUUAAUCAGCUGAAAAGCUAAAGAGCCAAAAAGCCAAAGUUAACUGGAAGCUUCCAAAGAUGUGUUGAGCAUGGAGACAGUAGUCAGACAGGCUUCUCUCGCUUUAUGAGAAAUAAUCAGGGCAAUAACUAUUAAACCAAAGACAUUUGAUGUGCACUUUACCAUGUAAUACUUUUGCAUUACACAUGUUUGUCAUUUUCAUAUGUUCAUGUAUUCUAACAUGUUGGAGUUAAGGGGAGUUUUUGCCUGAAAGUGCCUUUGUGUGUCCAACUUUGAGCCAGCAGAGAUGUCGCCCUAACACUAAUGAUGCUGUGCACUCCAUCCUCAACAGCAGGAAUCCCAAUGAAUGUAUGUGUGUGUGUGUGUGUGUGUGUGUGUGUGUGUGUGUGUGUGUGUGUGUGACUGAGAGUGUCUGUACUCGUGUGUGUGUGUGUGUGUGUGUGUGUGUGUCUGUGUAACCGUGUUGUUUUCACCCAGCUAUACUUAAACCUUGUUUGCCAGAUAAACAAGCACAAUGUACAUAAGAGACAAUAGCUGUACAUAAGAGAUAAAUCAGCCAAAAAGGGACAGUAAUCCUACUACUUAUCUUUGAAUGCAGAGAAUAAAAGACUUCAUAGAGAUGUAUUUUUUAAAGCGUUUUGUAUGUUUUCUGUCUAUAUCAACAGGAAACUGAGGAGUGUGCCAAAGAUCUUUUACCCUGCCUUACACACAGUAUGUGUCAUAUGUAAAAUAUUGUAAAUCUUUUAUGAAUUAAAGAUAUUUCUGUAUACUGA